GCUCAAAACGUCCACAAAGAGGAUUCGAUUGGAUGCGCAGGAUGAUGUCACAUGACCCGGGGGUUAACACGCUUUGGGAACAUAAGGGGGGAAGGAGGGCAAAUUGGAUCAGAGUCAGAGUUCUUCUGGAGUGGGAGAGAAUACCAGCCGCCCUCAGCGUCCGUGAGACGCCUGCAGGGUGCAGCUGAAAACGAUUGCCCAGGCAAAGUCUCCGAGGCGGGCAUCUUCCCCAACCCCCAUCGUGCAGCUGAAGAGGUUUAAAGGGGCAGUGCACUGCUGUACGAGUGCCACCGGUAACAACAUCAACAGCAGCGACAGCACCAACAACUGCGACAUCAUCAUCAUCAGUAUCAUCAGCACCAUCAACUACAACAGCAUUAUCUGCUACAGCACCAUCAACUACAACAUCAUCAUCUACGGCAACAUCGUCAACUACAACAACAUCAUAAUCGGUGUCAUCAUCAGCGACAUCGAUCGAUAUCAACGACAACAGCAAGAAGAGAAUCGCCAUCAUCAGCGACACGAUCUGGGAGCCGUGACAUCACUCUGCUGCCCCGAGCGCAUGACGUCACAUCAUCGCCCUGGACAGCACAAGUGAUGCCAAUUCCCCAUUCUACUCCUCUACACAAGAUGGCGUGUGCAGUGGCCACCCCGGUGCUGGAGUCAAGCGGGGACUUCCCGGCGUGGCUGGAGGCGCAGGGCGUGAACGCGGAGGUGGCCCGGCCCAUGGACUCUGAGCUGGGCAUCCGGGACUAUGGGGUCCUGCGGGCCUGCGUCAGGGACGGCCUCGUGCGGGCCAAGCUGCUGGCCACGGCGCGCGACCGCCUGCCCGUCGGCUUCUGCGCCGUGUUGCGGCAGGUGGUGAAGGCCCUGCAGGAUGCCGAGCACCACGACGCCGGGACGCCGUGCUCGGAUGCCGCCGCCGCUUCCUCCCCUGGCGACGUAACCCUGGGAGGCCUGGUGGACGUGCUGCUCGCGCUGUUCAGCGGCUUGAGCCGGGAGCUGCUGUUGUCCGUGCAGAGGCUGGGAGACAUUGAUAACACCGGAAUGUGCGCCGUUGGUUCCCCUUCAGCCAAACCGGUCGUCUCCCCUGAGAACAGUGUGAUGAUUGAAAUUGACGAUUACACACUGAACGGUAAAGUUGUAUCCUAUUCGCUGAACUUAUUAAACACGUUAAUUUUGUAUUUAAAGCUGGCAGUUGGUCGUGAUAUCUCAAUCCUUAUAUAGUAGUAGAUCCUCUCAAAAUCAGAGUAAUUAACAGGACCUUUUUAGUUAUGGGGGAUGUCUGGAAUUAUGCAAAUAAUAAAAUAAUUCUUAAGGACUACAUUUGAAUGAUAUUUACACGAAAUUAACAUCUAAUAUAUUCAAAUAACUAUUUACGAGUACAUUUUUUACAGUGUAAUGCAAAAUAACAUCACUAGGUACAGUUUAACCGUUUAACCGGAGUCAACGUCACCUUAAAACAGAGGGGGAAGGCUUAAGGUUUACUGGUUGUGGAAGGCUGAAGAGAAUUUCUGACAGGCUUGAAUUUAUUUUGUUUAUUUGCAAUAUGAAUGUAAAAUCAAAGUUGGGAAGAAAAAAAUAAAACACCUGGCUAAGCAC